AUUCUCCUUCACCACGACCACGAUCACCACCACCGCCACCACGACUACAUCAUGAACGUGGUCAGUGACAUCGAACUUUACCUCAGUGCAACUUUCUAUGUUCUCUUCUUUAUCGGCUAUCAAAUCUAUUGCACCGAGUUAGUAUUGUUUCAGAAAAGGGAUGUACAAGCAUUAAUAUCCCUUGGUAUCAUGGCUGCCUUCUACGGACUCACGUUGACAGGUGUCAUAAUUGCUAUAAUGAUUAGCAUGGCAACGAUUGGCAAAUGUCUUCAAGGAAUCAAGAUACUCCCCCAAGUUGUUGGAUUAUUGGUUCUCGCCUUUAUCCUCCCACUGUUGGAGGAUCUCCCGUGGUUGAACUUCUCAGACCACCUGAGAAACUCGAUUUUGGCCUCUGCCGGAUUCCAUGCACAAUUGGUUCGAGCAAUGCUAAUUUGUUGCGACUAUGCUAGCGAAACCGAGCCGAUCAGUUGGAGACGUCUCUUGUCUGAGAGUAUCGGUUUCUCCGCAUUUACCACCGCCUUCAUGACAACUUCUUUCGUUCUUUUUUCGGACUGGAAAAAAUGGCGCGAUGGUGGACACGAGUACAUAUGGAGUGGUUCAUUCAAAUUGGUUCUCAAGAAGCGUGUAGGCAAAGCAACUGAGAUUCGAACACUCUCCCUCCUUCGACUCGCAUUUCGCUUACUUCAAGUGGCAUUUCUGGCGUGUAUAUUCAAGUACUGCAUCUGUGGAGUCAAUAUCGUCAGGGCAUCAGCACCAAUAAUUGAAAGAGUACUAAAACAUCAGAUCAAACUUUCUGACUUUCCCAUUCUUUCCUAUGCCACAUUGAUGGUAGUAAUCCGAUUUAAUUUCUACUAUAUCUUCUCCUACAAAAUGUCACGAUUGGUUGGUGACUUUCAACAAUUUCUCCUUUCACCAGCAUUCAGUCCAAAUUCUGAUAAAAUGAUUGGUGGGAAUGAAAAUGUGAAAAAGGCUUGGAAGAAGACAAAUAUCAUAGAGAAACUCUUCAAGGUAGAUAUAGAAACAGAGUGUCUCAUGCCUGGUGGACCGUGUUGGACAAUGAGUACAGUGACAUCGUCGGAAAUUUGGAGAAAAUUCGACAUUGGAUUAUACAAUGUUCUCAAAUAUUAUAUCUACAUUCCAUGGAUGAAUGUGGUGAAUGGAGUAUUCUGCAGAGGUGAUGAAGUUGAGAGAAGCAGACUGAGUUCCCUUCUCAGCAACAUCAGUGCUACCUGUGGUGCCCUACUUACGUUCCUCUUCGUUCUGACAUUUCACCACUGGACCAUGGGAAAUAAAAUCUGGGUUAUGCUCAGCUUCACAUUCUGGUUGAUUGAGAGAAUUGCCAUUCAGUACUUCCGAAAGAACAAUACGAGUGAAUAUUUGGAGAAUCGUUUUUCGCCUGCCUGGGAACAUCGUAUUCGAACAGGAGCCUGUGCUCUACUUCAAGUUGCCAACCUCAUCAGUUUCCUCUACUUUGUCACUGACUACACAACUGGUGAUUUCUUGAUGAAAACCAUGCUUACACAUCCAUCUCAUAGACGGUACAAUUCUUCUUUUCUCAUCACUUUGUCCUCCUUCAUGAAGCCCGCUGCCUCCUUUGCUAUCAAUUCAAUAAGCAACCAACUCCCCCCUUCCACUGUCUACCUCAACUACUUAUCUGUCGAAGGUGGAUUAAUUAUUGUCUUGGAAGAUAUGCCUGGGAAAUCGAUCCCUGCACACGGUGCUACACCUCGAGGACUAUCAACCACGUCCUGA